AUGUUUGCUCCCUACCCUAUCAAACUGUUGCUGCUUUACACCAUGCUCUGCAUCCUAACUGUUCAUUGCUUUAGUGGUGAAAAGGAGUCCUUUAAUCUCAGCAGCACCGAGAGCGUGGCCAACAGCAGACAUGCCCGGUCCGUGAGCGACCUGCCGCGGCCCCGUGACUGCGCGUUCUCUGCAUGGUCCUCGUGGAGCCAGUGUGACCCCUGCCAAAAGAAAAGGUACAGGUUCGCCCGCCUGGAACAACCUUCUCAGUUCAAUGGAGAUCCCUGUGAUUACACUGAUAAAGAAACUGAAGACUGUGUUACAAAUAACCCUUGCAGGAAUAAAGUUAGAUGUGAUGGGUUUGUGUGUGCAGUUACAGGGAGAUGCGUUGCACGGAGGCUGCUUUGCAAUGGGGAUGAUGACUGUGGGGACCAGUCAGAUGAAAAGAACUGCAAAAAAGUGUUUAAGAAAUGCGACCAGAAGAUGGAGCAAUACUGGGGAAUAGAGAAUCUGGCAAAAGGGUUAAAUAUCUUCACAAACAACUUGGAAGGAUUAGUUCUUGAUCACAGGUACUAUGCUGGAGCAUGUUCUCCCCAUUAUAUCAUGGACACAAGAUUCAGAAAGCCAUACAAUGUAGAAAGCUACACAGCAGAGACCAAAUACAAUUAUGAAUUUACAAUGACUGAAUACGACUCCUACUCAAAUUAUGAAAGCAGUGUCCUGAAGGGAAAAGCUUCACAGUCUUCCUUCAGCUUUGGUAUAAAAAUACCAGGAGUGUUUGAACUUGGUUACGGUUCAAAUGACAACAGGUUCAAAAAGUUCAUUCAAAGGAUGAAAAGGUUUUCUUCAACU